GCUUCAGACACCUCUCCAGAGGGUCACUUAACUCUGAUACCUGACAUUGCACAGGCUGCCCCACCACACGUCUGAGGACAGCAAGGUCACCCUGGCCACAGCUGCCAAUAGCAAAACGGCAAGCCUGUCUUCGCUAACCAGUGAAUCGGGCCAGACUGUGGUGACGUGGGGGCGGUCCCUUUAAAACUGGAGCGCGCUAUCAGGCCAGCUCCUCCUCCAGGGAGGUUCCUUAUUAACUGGGAGCAGCUGGCUGGGCCGAGUCUUAAGCCACUGCAGCAGAGCUAGCCCAGGAAAGCGGUCCCUGCCGUGGAGCGGAUUCCUCCCAUCAGCAUGGCUCAGGCAUUCGUGGACAGUAAAAUCCAGCCUGGGAAGGUGGUGGUCUUCAUCAAGCCCACCUGCCCCUUCUGCAAGAGAGCCCAAGAGAUCCUCAGCCAACUGCCCUUCAAGCAAGGGUUCCUGGAAUUCGUGGAUAUCACAACCGCCAACGACAUGGAUGGGAUUCAAGAUUAUUUUCAGCGGCUUACAGGGGCCAGGACGGUACCUCGAGUCUUCAUUGGCAAAGAUUGCAUCGGUGGCUGCAGCGACCUGGAGGCCCUUCAGGAGAAAGGGGAGCUGGUGACACGGCUGAAGCAGAUUGGCGCCCUGCGGCAGUGAUGGGGUCAUCCCCACCCUGCCAUGCCCCCUAGAGAGCUGGACAGCUUGGCAAGCGAUGGCAGCACUUCCUGGGGGACAGAAGUUUGCACAGAAAUUCUCCUCUGGCCUCUGAAUCAUCCAGCCGAGUGGCUCACCCCAGCAGGCUGAAGGAAAGCAUGUGGCUUCCCUCUGUGUGGGAUCCCGUGGUGCCGGAGGACCACGGCACGUUCUGGUUUCAGCUCUGCUCACUCAUCCAAAAGCCGUCCUUUCUUGUACGCAUUUUGUCCUAUUCUCUGUGGGCUGCAGGGCCCCGAUUUGGGAGUCAGUAUCUGUCACCAUGAUUGUCCAACACCAUCCCCAUCCCUUCUCACCCUCCCAAAACUCAUCUGGCCUCCCUGAUGUUUCAUAAGAGGCAGCUGCGAUCCGGCUGGGCCUGACUUCCCAGAGUUCAGAUGAGGGAAUGGGUGGGUGUUCAGAAUGUAUCUCUUCAAUUGCGUCCACAUGUCUCUCCACGCGCCCGGUCUCCCAGCUGUGUCCAUGGCCGUCCCUUGCUGGCUCGCAGAGCCUGUAUGUCGUCCAGCCACUCUCCAAGUGUCCGACUUGAAGACCACGUCAGUGUCCACUCCAUGUCAAGGGCACAAGUGUAGACGCUGCGGUUGCAUGGCAGCUCAGUCCAAGAAGACGGGUGUGAACAAGAUUCCUGGCUAAAGUACAGCAAAUGUCGAGUUCUGUUCCCCCAAGAGUGCCCGAAUGGAGCCAGAUAAACUGCUGAGUGAUUCUGUUUUUUUGAUUCCACACUAAAAAUGGUGAUGCCUGUCUGUUCUGGGUGGUAAGAUUGAGUUCACUUCUAUCUGUAGACUCCAGUAAGAAUGAUUCACUUUUCUAAUAAAGUGGCCGAAAUGAC